GAUCAGCUGACUGCUCCACUGAUUUCGCUAUACAACAUAACACUACAGAUAACACACAGGAUCUGACGAAACCGGGAUGUUACCAAAGGUUUUACAAAGAUCCAUGGUGAAUUUAUAAAUAAAAUGAUUGAUUGAUCAGUGAAAAUACUUGAUUGAAAUUUAAGGAACCAUGUCUUCGGAGGAAAAUGCAAUGAAUGUUGAAGAACAUCUAUACAAAGUUCUUGUAAUUGGAGAAUUUGGUGUAGGAAAGACCUCAAUCAUACGCCGAUAUACAGAAGGUACAUUUUCUCCCAAUUAUAAACUCACCAUUGGAGUGGAUUUUGCCCUGAAAUCUAUAAAAUGGAAUGACAACACUAAAAUAAAUCUACAACUAUGGUAUAGGGUCUACUAUAAAUAUGCAAUUGCUGCUAUAAUUGUGUAUGACUUAUCAAGGCCUGCUACAUUUGAAUCUGUGUUGAAGUGGUUUACAGACGUUAACCAGAAGGUGAUGUUAGCUAAUGAACAACCAGUACCUAUACUAUUGAUAGCAAACAAGAGUGACCUCUUGACUAAUUCUUUGGAUGAAGCCUCUUUAGACACUUUCUGUAAACAGCACAACUUUAUAGGCUGGUACACCACUUCUGCAAAAGACAACAAGAAUAUAGAUCAAGCAAUGCAUUUCUUGGUAGAAACCAUUUUGUCAUUAACCAGCAAUGGUCAACAACCAGAGGAACAUAUUUCACUGCAUCAAGACACAAACUAUCUACAAACAAUUGAAGAAGAGGAAUACAAUGCAAAUAGUUCAUGCUGUAGUAAAAAUUAGGAAUACUACUUCUUUACCCUAACUCUUGUUUACCCCUACCCAUUCCCACCCAAGGAGACUACCACCUGAGGAACAGGUUUAAGUACAGAAGAACUGUCUACAAACAGUUGAAGAGGAAUACAGUGGAAGUUGAAGCCAAUCUCUACCAAAAUGAAAACAACCAGAUGAACUGGAUUUAGUACAUGUAGUGUAAUGGAUAUAUGUAGGGCUUUUAUACUGAAGUUUCAAAUCGCUUGAGGUGUGGACUACCUCGUGCAGUAAAUUGCUUCUCCCCUAAGAGUCUUUUCUUGUCUGAGCUAAACCAGUACCAGGUACUCAUGUCUGUCCACAACAUGAAGACAAGAAAACUGACUCUCACUGUUAAUGGUUUCCAGAUUGUGGCUCUAAGAUACGUUGAAAGGGAAGGGGGAAAUGCUGUCAAAGAAGGGGCUCUUACAUUUGAGGUGGAGGAGCCUUGGGGCUCGAAUUAAGAUACCGGUGUGUGUGUGUGGUGCACUAAGGAAGCCUAAUUUGUCCUGAUAUGUUCUAAAACUUAUGCCCAUUGUAUCAUAGGCAGUUUCAAUUUAAUUACUGGUCCAACACAUCUUGGCCAGCACUGAACUUGGCUUGUCCAACAGGUGGGUUGACCUCCCCCCACCCCCUUACUGAAUCUUUUGAAUAGAAAAAAGGAAUACGUAUCAGACAAGCACGUAUGAUUUCGAUGCAAUGUAAUUUUACUAAACUAAAAUUAAUUUUAGAGGUAAGAGUGUAAUUUUAAAAUAUAUUAUGUCUUUUGUACUUGGUCAACCAAACACUAAAAAAGAGUUCGAUUUUUAAGCUAAUGUAAGUAUCUGCGUUUUUAGGUCACAAAAACUAACAUUUUAAAAAAGAAUAGAAAAAUAUUAAAUUUAUUAAUUAAUUAAAUAUAUGUGAUGGUCAAAUUAUGUUAAAAUGUAUAUUUCACUCUGAUUUCAUUUUGCACAUAUUGCAUAAAAAAAGAUGUAUUAAAUUUAAUUAUCAAAAUAAUCGUUAUUGCUUCCAGCCUUUUAAUUUUUUAAAUGAUCAUUUGUUAUUAAUAAGUUAAAUAUUAGAACUGUAAACCGUUAAACUGUCAAUUUGCUUACUUUGUAUAUAAGUAUGAAAUUAAUCUUUCAAUUAUAAAUUAAAAAACAAGAAAAUAUUUCCUCAGUAAUUUGCAGAGGCAUUUAAUUACUAUAUACUGUCUCAUAUAUGUUUAAUGUGUGGAGUAAGUUUAAACUUAUAUUUCCUAUACAGUAUUGUAUUGUCAUUAUGUUAAUACUGUUCAUAUUUAAGCCAAAAUAUGUGAGUAUAAGUGUUAUCUGGAAUAAUAUAUUGUGAAUCUUCUCUUCGCAUAAUGCAAUGGUUUAUAACCAAUCCUCAAAUAUGACCACCAUUUUAGUUUGUUAAAAGAAAAGUGUAGGAAUAUGAUUCAAAGUUCCCCAAGAGGGGUGGUGUUCAUGCUACACAUGAACAUUAUAAUUUAUGAUAAUAUAAUAAUGGAUAAUAGUGCCAAUUACAAAUUUAAAUUAUGAUUUCAUAACUUAAACCUUUAUGAAAAAAAAAGGAAAGAAGAAAGGAAGAACCAGUGGUGGUGCUAGAGGGGUGUCAUGUGGCAAUAUUCUUUUUAUUCGGACAAAUGUAUACCCUCCAGUGCCCUAUAACACUACGGAGUUCUAAUGCCAAUUGAGAUCAUUGGACCAAACAUGUUUUGCAGAUCCAACUAAAGUUGUAUUACAGUUCUUAUUUCAGUCUAAAAGCACAAUUUUUAUCAUCCUAGCCCAUAAAACCACCUCCUUAACCCCCACCAGGGGUUUACUCGACAAAAUGUCCGUUGGUUCCAACAUCUUGUCAGACUUCCGAAACCCCCUGCCAACAAAUGUCUGGUGCCAUCACUGGUGAGGACAGACAGCACGACAGACAGAAUUAAGUCGCACUGAUUGUGACUUCAGCUCUAUUAUAUAUAUAUAUAUAAUAAUUAAUGAUUUUAAAAGUAUUAAAUAUUAAUAUUUACCAAUUGCAAUGCAAUAUUUAAAUAAUUAAAUUUCAUAAUACAUGAUUAAUAUUUUUUUCCUUGAAUUGCAGCAUGUGCUUAAUAAUAAAAGCUAUUGAUACAAA